GCAGAGCUAAAAGCUUUGCCCCCACGAGUCGCCGACGCUGCCGCGUGCCGCGGCUGAGGGCCUUAGAAGAAUGACAAUCGGAUUACUUGCCUUUGGGCCCUCUGGGGACUUCGGGUGGUUCGCGCGCUCUCCGGCAGUAGGCUAUAUAACGACGGGACGCUCGCCUGAGUCUGAGCAACAGGCGCUACUCGUGGUCCCAUCGACGGCAGUGCGCCGAGUCGUCAACACCACCGUGACCAGCACAGCAGCCAUGGGAACGGAACUGCGCCGUCGCAGGGCCGCUGAUGCUGCCUAUGCCGUCGGGGAGACGCUUCUGCUGCAGCUGUUUCUUGUGAUCAUCGCGCUCCUGUCGAACGCUUGGGCCCAGCACGCGGUGGGCAGCAGCGAUGAAGCGCGCUCUCUGACUUCCAGAGGUGCCGACACGCUAGUCCGCUGGAACAUCUCGCCUGCCGCGCUGCAGCACAUGCGCUCCGAGAGCUUCAAGCGCCAGUUCAGCCCCUGGGGCGGCAAGCGGAACGCCGCCGCGUUCGAAUCCCUGAUGGAUUCGCCCGGCGAUCAGCAGAGCCACCGGCACCAACUGGCGGCGGACGCAUCGUACAAGGUUCGUCGCCUGCACCACACGGGCAGCCUGAGGAACGCCGAUUCGUUCAGUCCCUGGGGCGGCAAAAGGGCGGACGACAAGAAGGACAAGGACCAGACGUUCAAUCCCUGGGGAGGUAAAAGGGCGUCGGGUGACCGCUUCGGUGCCUGGGGAGGCAAGAGGGGAACGUUCAGCGCCUGGGGCGGCAAGCGGCAGCAGGAGAGCAAGAACGCCUUCAGCCCGUGGGGAGGCAAGAGGGCCGUCAGAAGCCCGCUGGCCAGGAGCGAGGGCACUGCGAGGGCCAGGCAAGACGACGGCGAGGAGGACGAAGAGCGGACCUUCGCCCCCUGGGGCGGAAAGAGGGGGAGCGCGGAAGACCAAGCAUUUUCCCCAUGGGGAGGGAAAAGGGGUGACGACAGGGACACGUCUUUCGCGCCCUGGGGAGGCAAGCGCGAGGACCGCUUCAACCCGUGGGGAGGAAAGCGGGAAGGGCCCUUCAACCCCUGGGGAGGCAAAAGGGACGGCUCGAACAAGGAAGGAUUUUUCAACCCUUGGGGAGGAAAGCGCGGUGCCGACGACUCUUUCAACCCUUGGGGAGGUAAGAGGCAGGAUUCCUUCAACCCUUGGGGAGGAAAGAGGGAAGGUGGCGUCUUCAGACCUUGGGGUGGAAAGAAAGAGGACAACGUCUUCAGGCCUUGGGGAGGAAAAAAAGAAGACGACGUGUUCGGGCCCUGGGGAGGCAAAAGAGAGGAAGGGUCGCCACAGUCGAGCUUUUCUGCUGGCAGGGGCUUCUCUUACGGCGGCGCGGCCGGCCACAGUGUGGAUGGAGGGUCCUUGCGCAAGAAGCGAGAUUCUUCCAUGAGCGAACACAAGGUGACGACGUCGUACAGUGGAAAAAGCGGAGAGACGUAACCACUGCAGUGAGUCACCACCACGAUAUGUGUUCGAAAACAUGGCCUCACAAGCCUUAAAGAAAAAAAAAAGCUACCUCGCGGCCGCUGUGAGUGCACACGAGCAGUAAGGACCUGCCAACUAGAGAUAAGGAAGAAAGGACGUCCUUUUUUUUUCUU